AUGGAACAUGAUUCUAAGCUUCGGAGCAAAGCAGUGGAGGAAUACGAGAAGCUUCCAGUAAUAAAGAAAGUUCCAAUAGUUAUUUAUUACUACAUGGAAAAGUCCAUUGAAAGAGUCCCAGCAAGGAUUAGAGAGGCUGUUUCCAAGGGGUAUUCGCUACUGUCUGCGGGGCAUCUUAUGUUUUGCACAGCAGUCCCGUUUAUCUAUGUGUACCAAAGAGACAAAAACAUUGUAGGGGAUUCCCUCCUGAGUGCAGAGGAGAGCUUAUAG